AUGCCGAAGUAUAUACCCAAUGCCAAGCGCUACAAAUACCCACUUCCUAUUCACCCAUUGGAUCAGCUGCCGGAACUGAUUCCACACAACCCAGUAUCUUGGAUUCACUGGCUGUACUGCUACCUCUCCAGUACAAAUUCACUGCCUGCAAAGAUUCAUGUUGAGUUCUCCAGCGGGAAACACAUCACCAUUGCAGACCCGAAAGAAAUGCUGUAUCUCUGGCAAAACGGUUUUUUCGGAACUGCUCAGCUUUCUAGAAGCGAACCCACCUGGAAACAGAGGACAUUGACUCGCUUGGGGCUUGAAGAAUCGUCAACUGCCCUAGAACACGUCACAGAAAAAAGGCGCCUACAGAGGCUGGAAUUUAAGCGAGAGAGAGCCGGCUUCGAAGCCAUCAAGCUAAAUUUGAGGUGUCAAGGAGUGGCUGAAACUGAAAUUCUUAGACAAGAAAGAGAAUUUCUUAAAUCCCUUCGAGAACGAGAAGUUGUACAGCUGAAGGAAAGUGAAGAUGUCCAGCUCCGCAGUUCUGACAUUGAGUUAUUCAAUGACGACAACCAGCUGAUGGAAUUAGAGGUUUUGGAGCUCAUGCCUGUAGAGGCUAUUUUUCUCACUUUUGCCCUGCCGGUACUAGAUAUGUCUCCAAUGACGCUGGUUCGCUCCUUGCUUGGUGAUAAUCCUUCUUACAAUAACAUACAUGAUCUGUGUAUCAUGUAUGUGGCAUACCACCACUACAGGUCUCACGGCUGGUGUGUACGAUCCGGCAUUAAAUUUGGAUGUCAUUACUUACUUUACAAGCGUGGUCCACCAUUUCAACAUGCAGAGUAUGGGAUAAUGGUUCUGAACAGCGAUGACUCAUUCGAUUACACUUGGUAUUCGAGCGCUGCUCGUGUCGUUGGCGGAGCCAAGAAAAGCUUUAUUUUGUGCUACAUAGAGUUACAGAAGCCAAAGGAUGAAAUACUUCGUCUAUGGCAGAACGGUCAAUUUGCCGCGGUUUUCUCCAGCUACAAGGUAGGCGAAAUCUUGUACAGGCGGUGGGUCCCAGGAAAAAACAGAGAUUGA